AUGUCACAGAACCGGCCUGGGGUAUUCUCGAGUUUGCGCAUGGGUGAAGUCGUCCGUGAGAAGGUCCAGGAUGGACUAACAGGGGAGACCAAGGAAAUUUCGUACUCGCAGUGUAAGAUCGUUGGCAAUGGAUCGUUUGGGGUGGUCUUCCAGACAAAGAUGAUGCCCAGCGGCGAGGACGCUGCUAUUAAACGUGUCCUACAAGACAAACGCUUCAAGAACCGUGAGUUACAAAUAAUGCGGAUUGUCCGCCAUCCCAACAUUGUAGAGUUGAAAGCUUUCUAUUACUCCAAUGGUGAAAGGAAGGACGAAGUGUAUUUGAACCUCGUUCUGGAAUACGUACCAGAAACAGUUUAUCGAGCAUCUCGAUAUUUCAACAAGUUGAAGACUACGAUGCCCAUGUUGGAGGUCAAGCUUUACAUAUAUCAAUUGUUUCGUUCUCUGGCAUACAUUCAUUCACAGGGCAUCUGCCAUCGUGAUAUCAAACCUCAAAACCUCUUGCUUGACCCAAGCACUGGUAUCUUGAAGCUAUGUGAUUUUGGCUCUGCCAAGAUCUUAGUUGAGAACGAGCCCAAUGUUUCGUAUAUCUGCUCCCGCUAUUAUCGUGCACCCGAAUUAAUUUUUGGCGCAACAAAUUACACUACGAAGAUUGAUGUGUGGUCUACUGGUUGUGUAAUGGCCGAGUUAAUGCUGGGGCAACCACUUUUUCCAGGUGAAUCUGGGAUUGAUCAACUGGUGGAGAUCAUUAAAGUCCUUGGUACUCCCACUCGGGAGCAGAUUCGCACUAUGAACCCCAACUACAUGGAGCACAAAUUCCCGCAGAUCAAGCCACACCCUUUCAACAAAGUUUUCCGGAGAGCUCCUCAUGAGGCAAUUGAUUUGAUCUCCGCCUUGCUGGAAUAUACACCAACGCAGCGACUGUCAGCCAUUGAAGCGAUGGUUCACCCAUUCUUUGAUGAACUCAGGGAUCCUAGCACUCGGCUGCCUGAUUCCCGUCACCAGAAUGUGCCAUCACGAGAGCUCCCUAAUCUGUUUGAUUUCUCUCAACAUGAACUUUCUAUCGCACCGGCCAUGAACAGUCGGCUUAUUCCUCCUCAUGCACGCCCUGCCCUCGAAGCCCGCGGGAUAGAUAUCGAUAACUUUACACCCCUAACGAAAGACGAAAUGAUGGCACGCCUUGAUUGA